CCAAACCUUGUUAUACACUGUUGGUGGAUCCUUAUUUUGAUUCAUCAGGCCAUAGGGGCAGUCCGCACCAACCGCAUGGAGGACUCUAACACCAACCUGAGGAUGAUGGAGGCAGCUUUUCUGUCUAAUUUAGGUAAGGAUGCCCUCUCCAGAGCAGAUCCUAUAAAUCUGGACAUAGACUCGGUGGAAGAUCAGCUGAUGGACGAGCCUGGAUCCUAUGAUGAAGAAGCUGGCCAGGCCGUGCAGCUCCAGAGCAGGUCCACCAAAGCACCCCGCCGCUGCAUCCCGCACCAGCAGUCCUGCCUGGGGCACCACAUCCCCUGCUGUGACGCCUGCGACACGUGCUACUGCCGCUUCUUCAUGGCGUACUGUUACUGCCGCAACAUGGACCCCACAUGCACACACAGGCGUCCAUAG